AAGGUUGAAUUCAAUAUGGCCGCUCCCUAAUGUAUUGCUCAGAUUGUGCGGCUCCGCGAAAGCACAGCCUUUACAUACAAAAUGAUGUCGCUUUUAACCAAUUUGAAAGCAACACGAUGCUUAUUUUCUAAGCUUUCACUUUCCGAUGCGGUAUGCAGGAGUGCCGCAGCGGGAACGCACACACUUUCCGUUCCCACGUCGGGUCUUCAAAGUGGGAACACACGAAACAAGGAACUAUGUGCUACACCGUCUACCCCGAUGCAUAUCUCGCAUAGGUUCAGACACAGGAAGCUACUAAGUUGGCCCGUUGACUACCUUCCGUUUGAGUGGUCGUAUCCUGCCAAGCAGGAUCGAAUUCUGAACUCGGGCGACCUUGUAGAUGAUAUUGGACCUGUCGAUCUCUCCCACCCACGGGACGGAUUCGAACUAUCAGAGGAGCUCAAAACUGCCCCGGAAGAGGUAAAACGGGUGUUUAGCCUUGAAUUCGGCAUCUUGCGAGAUAUCAGUAACGUAAAGCGAAAAGAAUUUGUGAAACUCGUACAGAGGCAUCCAUACGAUACGGAUUCAAUCGAAUACAAAAUUGCAAAGAGUACUUUUGCGAUACGUUGCAUGAAGAUGAUGUUUGCGGCAAAGCCAAAGCGCAAGAACCUGAGGAAGAGCCUAUGUGAAACAGUAGACAAGCGUAACAAGUGGCUCAAGAUCCUCCGCCGGUGGGACUACAAGCGCUUCCGAUUCGUCGCCCACCAGCUGCAGGUGACGUACACCCCUCGGCCCCUGUGCCGCAUCCAGCCGAAGGUGACUAAGAAGGGAGACCUGCGGAGGCUGACGCGGGAAUACUGCGACAAGGUGCGCCGAGAGAGGCUUACCGCCUACCACGAGAAACUCAAGGCCGUGCACGACGAGUUUGUCAAAGAGAAGGAAGCAACUGAGGAGUGGGUGAAGGAGGAGGAAGUGAGGUGGGAACUAACGGAAGACGAGCGCAAGUCCACGGAGCACGAGAGCGUGCUUAAGAACAUUAAGCAUACCAUGUACUAGUGGUAGAAUAAAGUAGUGUCAGUACGGAGCUCCA